AAUUACGCCAAUCCAUUGAAAUAUGGUAUGCUACAAGCGAAUAUUUGCGACAACAAAUGAAUCCCAAUUUUCGGAUGCCUGGCCCCUUUAAUCCAGUCCAUAUAAUGUCUUUUUCAGGAGCUAGAGGAAAUGCAUCUCAAGUGCACCAAUUAGUCGGAAUGAGAGGAUUAAUGUCAGAUCCACAAGGACAAAUGAUUGAUUUACCCAUUCAAAGCAAUUUACGCGAAGGACUGUCUUUAACAGAAUAUAUAAUUUCUUGCUACGGAGCCCGUAAAGGGGUUGUAGAUACUGCUGUACGAACAUCAGAUGCUGGAUAUCUUACACGUCGACUUGUUGAAGUGGUUCAACACAUUGUUGUACGGCGAACAGAUUGCGGUACCAUCCGUGGGAUUUCUGUAAACACCCGAAAUGGAAUGAUGCCAGAAAUAAUUUUGAUACAAACAUUAAUUGGUCGUGUAGUAGCCGAGAAUAUAUAUAUAGGUUCACGGUGCAUUGUCGUUAGAAAUCAAGAUAUUGGAAUUGGACUUAUCAAUCGAUUCAUAACUUUUCAAACACAACCAAUAUUUAUUAGAACUCCCUUUACCUGUAGGAAUACGUCUUGGAUCUGCCGAUUGUGUUAUGGGCGGAGUCCUAUUCAUGGGGACCUGGUAGAAUUGGGAGAAGCUGUAGGGAUUAUUGUUGGUCAAUCUAUUGGAGAACCGGGAACUCAACUAACAUUAAGAACUUUUCAUACUGAUGGAGUAUUCACAGGGGGUACUGCUGAAUAUGUGCGAGCCCCCUCGAAUGGAAAGAUAAAAUUGAAUGAGGAUUUAGUUCACCCUACACGUACACGUCAUGGAUAUCCUGCUUUUAUAUGUAAUAUAGACUUGUAUGUAACUAUUGAAAGUGACGAUAUUAUACAUAACAUCAUUAUUCCACCAAAAAGUUUUCUAUUAGUUCAAAAUGAUCAAUAUGUAAAAUCAGAACAAGUGAUUGCGGAGAUCCGCGCGGGAACAUAUACUUUUAAUUUGAAAGAGAGGGUUCGAAAACAUAUUUAUUCUGACUCAGAAGGGGAAAUGCAUUGGAGUACCGAUGUGUACCAUGCAUCAGAAUUUAUGUAUAAUAAUGUACAUAUCUUACCAAAAACAAGUCAUUUAUGGAUAUUGUCAGGAAAGUCGUGCCGGUCUAAUACAAUCCAGUUUUUACUUCGCAAGGAUCAAGAUCAAAUUACCAUGGAUUCACUUUCGAAUGGAAAAACCAAUAUUUCGAAUCUUUUAGAAAGGAAUGAUCAAGUAAAACAUAAAUUAUUUCGUUUCAAUACUUUUGGUACAAAAGAAAAGGGGAUUAGCGAUUAUUCAAUAUUUAAUCAAAUCAUAUGUACGGAUCAUUCGUAUCCCGCUAUUUUUCACGAUACUUUUUAUUUCUUGGAGAAAAGGCGAAGAAAUCGAUUUCUUAUUCCAUUUCCAUUCCAAUCGAUUCAAGAACGAAAGAACGAACGAAUGUCCCCUUCCGGUGUCUCCAUUGAAAUACCUAUCAAUGGUAUUUUUCAUAGAAAUAGUAUUUUUGCUUAUUUCGAUGAUCCUCAAUACAGACGACAUAGUUAGUCGACAUAGUUAGUUCAGGAAUUACUAAAUAUAGAACUAUAGGAAUUCAUUUCAUUUUUCAAAAAGAAGAUUUCAUUGAGUAUCGAGGAAUCAAAGAAUUAAAGCCAAAAUCUCAAAUUCAAGUAGAUCGAUUUUUUUUAUUCCCGAAGAAGUGCAUAUUUUACCCAAAUCUUCUUCCCUAAUGGUACAGAAUAAUAGUCUUGUUGGAAUAGGAACACCAAUCAUUUUCAAUAUAAGAAGUCGAGUAGGCGGAUUGGUCCGAUUAGACAAGAAAAAAAAAUCGAAUUAAGAAUAUUUUCUGGAAAUAUCCAUUUUCCCGGAGAGAUGGAUAAGAUAUCCCGACACAGUGUCAUCUUGAUACCACCCAGAACGGUAAAAAAAAUGCAAUAAAUAAAAAAAAAAAAAAAAUUGGAUC